AUGUUGAUUGAACCUCCGGAGAGAGCUGACAUGCAUUCUAGCCCUUCUCGUUUCCCACCAGCUGGGAAAAUCCACCCGCAGCCCACAGAAGCUCACAGAAGCCUGCAGUGGGUCAGGAGUCAGGAUGGCCGUAGCUGUCAAACCAUUGGUCACCAGAAGACUAGGGGUUUUUUUCCCCCAAUAGCCACAGCUACUCCUGACCUCCUGUCUCUCCCACCCUUACCAGGCGCCAGAUGGCAUCUCCCCCAGGGCCUGGUCACCAUGCCCCUCUCUUGUCCAGGCAGUGCUGGGGGACACUCGGGGUCAGUGUUUGCCGAGUCACCAGUAGAACAUGUGCCCACAGGAGGCGGAGCUCCACAGAGCCGCCCUUCUGCCAGCACGCGUGGUUCCAAGAGCCUCACAAUAGGGAAGGGAAGGGAGGGGAGUCCCUCGGUAUCAGAUGCUCAGAGGAGCUUUGUGUCCUGA